AUGUUGGUCCGUCAGCUUGCCCUGGCUCUGGCCAUUGCGGCCUUGUCCGAUGCCAUUCCGACGUCCAUCAAGCAUGUCCUGCACGAGAAACGUCACAAGCCCGCAUCCGACUGGGUGAAGGGUGCGCGCGUUGAGAGCGAUGCGGUCCUGCCUAUGCGCAUUGGCCUUGUCCAGAACAACUUGGACAAGGGCUAUGACUUCCUGAUGGAAGUAUCGGACCCCAAGUCUUCCAAAUACGGCCAGUACUGGUCGGCAGACGAGGUGCACGACAUCUUUUCGCCAUCCGAGGAGGCUGUUGAGGCAGUGAGAGAAUGGCUUGUCGCCUCUGGUAUCCAUCCGUCGCGGGUGGUGCACUCCGACAACAAGGGCUGGCUCGCGUUCGACGCCUACGCCCAUGAAGCCGAGAGACUGUUCAUGACGGAAUUCCACGAGCACGAGAGCGACCGAAGUGCUAAGAUCAGGAAGCACAUCGACUACAUCACCCCUGGAGUGAAGCUCACCCAGGUCGUGAAGAGGACCAACAAAGUCAAGCGUGCUUCCCAACUAGCUCACUCUUCCAAGGCCAAGUCUGCUGCCCAAGGUCCGCAGCCACUCCCCAGCAAGGCCAAGUUCCUGCCUGAAGACCUCCGCGCCUGCGGUUACAACAUCACCCCCUCGUGUAUCAAGGCCUUAUAUCAGAUCCCAGACGCUAAGACGGCGACCCCGAACAACAGCCUGGGUCUGUACGAGCAGGGUGACUACUUUGCCAAGUCCGACCUCGACCUCUUCUAUAAGGAGUAUGCGCCGUGGGUUCCCCAGGGUACCUAUCCCAUCCCAGCCCUGAUUGAUGGCGCCAAUUACUCGGUUCCUUCCUACAGCUCCCUGAACACGGGUGAAUCCGACAUUGACAUUGACAUGGCCUACUCCCUGCUCUACCCUCAGCAGGUGACCCUCUACCAGGUUGACGACCAGCUCUACGAACCGGUCGAGGUCGACACAACCAAUCUGUUCAACACCUUCCUCGACGCUCUCGAUGGCUCCUACUGCACCUACAGCGCCUACGGCGAGACCGGCGAUGACCCGUCGAUCGACCCCGUAUACCCCGACACCCGCCCCGGCGGCUACAAAGGAAAGCUCCAGUGCGGCGUCUACAAGCCCACUAACGUAAUCAGCGCCUCCUACGGCCAAUCCGAAGCCGACCUCCCCGUCAGCUACACGAAGCGCCAAUGCAAUGAGUUCAUGAAGCUCGGUCUACAGGGACACUCCAUCCUCUUCGCAUCUGGCGACUAUGGCGUCGCGUCUUUCGCCGGCGACGGUGACGAGAACGGCUGUCUCGGUCCAGAGGGCAAGAUUUUCAACCCCCAGUACCCCUCCAACUGCCCCUACGUCACCUCCGUCGGAGGUACCAUGCUGUACGGCUACCAGACCGUCAACGACAGCGAGAGCGUCAUGCACGUUAACCUCGGUGGGACCGCAAGUAACUUCAGCACUUCUGGUGGCUUCUCGAAUUACUUCCCCCAACCGGCAUAUCAGUUCGCUGCUGUGGAGCAAUACUUCCAGUCUGCGAACCUGUCGUAUCCGUAUUACUCGGAGUUUGAGGUCGAUGUUAACACGACCAAGGGCCUCUUUAAUAGGCUUGGUCGCGCUUAUCCGGAUGUCUCGGCGAAUGGAGCGCAUUUCCGCGCUUAUAUGGAUGGAUACGAUUAUCAUUGGUAUGGAUCGAGUUUGGCGUCGCCUUUAUUCGCGUCGGUUCUUACUUUGCUCAACGAGGAACGCUUCGCUAUCGGCAAGGGCCCCGUGGGAUUUGUGAACCCCGUGCUUUAUGCUUAUCCGCAAGUGCUGAACGAUAUCACUAAUGGUACUAAUGCUGGGUGUGGAACGUAUGGGUUUAGUGCUAUUGAGGGAUGGGAUCCCGCUAGUGGUUUGGGUACGCCUAAUUACCCAUUGAUGAAGGAGCUGUUCCUCUCUUUGCCUUAG